GACCUCACACAAUUACCAAACUACCCUUCUAUUUCUGCCCUUUUAAUCAAAUCCAUUUUCUCCUCUCUUUCGACUCUGCACACACACACUGAACUCUCCUAAUGGACAGCAAAACCAGCAACACUGCUAGCUCCGGCGGCGGCGGAGAUCCAUCCCGGACUGACUCCGACGCCGGAGGAGGUGCUGGAGGAGGCGGCGCUAGGUAUAAACUCAUGUCGCCGGCGAAACUCCCGAUCUCUAGGUCAUCAUGUAUCACGAUCCCUCCCGGUCUUAGUCCGACUUCGUUUCUCGAAUCUCCGGUUCUUCUUUCUAAUGUCAAGGCAGAGCCUUCCCCAACUACUGGUUCCUUUAUUAAACCUCAAACAGGACGUGGCUCACUUAUCUCUAGUUCAUAUUUAACAACUACUAUUCCCUAUGACUCCUUUGCUGACAGAAAAUCUGGAAGCUUUGAGUUCAGACCCCAUGCUAGAUCAAACUUGGUCCCUGCAGAUAUGCACCAUCACAUAACUGAACAAUCUGUUCAGGUCCAGGGGCAUUGUCAGAAUCAAUCACUUGCUUCACCCAGGGUCAAAAGUGAGAUGGCUGUCCCUUCAAAUGAAUUGAGUAUAUCGCCACCACUUCCCUCAUCUGGAAUUAAUGCACACGCUGAAGUUGAUUCAGAUGAAUUAAAGCAGAUUGUAAUCUCAAACAGUGGAGCUCAGGCAUCUCUUUCUGAUCACAAAGUAGGAAAUAGCAUUUCAAUGCCAUCUGAUGAUGGAUAUAACUGGAGAAAAUAUGGACAGAAACAUGUUAAAGGAAGUGAAUUCCCACGAAGCUAUUACAAAUGUACGCAUCCUAACUGCGAAGUAAAAAAGUUAUUCGAGCGUUCUCACGAUGGACAUAUUACUGAGAUUAUCUAUAAGGGUACACAUGAUCAUCCUAAACCUCAACCUAGCCGCCGCUAUUCUUCUGGUGCUGUGCUGUCUGUCCAAGAAGAUAGAUCUGACAAAAUUCUGUCUUUAGCUGGCCGAGAUGAUAAGUCUUCUAGUGCUUAUGGCCAACUAUCUCCAGAUGGAACCCCUGAACUGUCUCCUGUUACAGCAAAUGAUGAUGGCACUGAACGUGCUGAGGAUGAUGAUGAUCCUUUCUCGAAACGGAGGAGAAUGGAGAAUGGGGGUUUUGAUGUUACUCCAGUUGUUAAGCCUAUUCGGGAACCACGGGUGGUUGUGCAAACGCUGAGUGAGGUUGAUAUACUUGAUGAUGGGUACCGGUGGCGUAAAUAUGGGCAGAAAGUAGUGAGAGGCAAUCCAAAUCCCAGGAGUUACUACAAGUGCACAAAUGCUGGAUGUCCAGUUAGGAAACAUGUGGAGAGGGCAUCGCACGAUCCAAAAGCCGUAAUAACCACGUAUGAGGGGAAACACAACCAUGAUGUGCCUACAGCAAAGACCAGUAGCCAUGAUACUGCAGGUCCUACUGCUGCAAAUGGACCUGCAAAUGGAUCGACUAGGAUUAGAACUGAUGAAAAUGAAACUAUUAGUCUUGAUCUUGGGGUUGGGAUCUGUUCAAAUAUGGAAAAUAGAUCCAACGACCAGCAGCAGCAUUCCGAGCUUGCGCAAAGCCAAAACCAAGCAAAUGGUUCUGGUUUCAGAAUAGUUUCAAGAAGCACAGUCGCACCUUACUAUGGUGUCAUAAAUGGUGGCAUAAAUCAGUAUGGAACUAGGCAAAAUCCGAAUGAAAGCCGUAGUAGCAUUGAAAUUCCACCUUUAAGUCAUUCUUCUUAUCCAUAUCCGCAGAAUGUGGGGAGAUUAUUAACUGGUCCAUAAAUUCCUCUUAAAGGAAAUUGACGGAAAUAAAAAAAUUGCUGCCGAGAUUUUUCUGUGCUGUUCUUCCACUUGAGCUCAGCUGGUAAAUGGCAAAAGGCUAGAAUAUGAAAAUGGGAAUACACGAUGAAUUAUUAUUGCAAAUUCUUUCCACGCCACAAUUGUUGUAUUUAUCAAGUUUCCUGAGUAAGAAAGCUUUGUACAAAAAUGAAAGAUAUUUCGAAAUUAAAAACUAUUGAAAUGUACUUAUUGUUUGGAGUUUUCUGAA